AUGUCCAGCAGCAAAAAUAUUUCUCAGUAUCAGCUCAAUCCUACUGAAAAUGUAUUACUGCAAAACUUCAUUGAUAAGGGUGCCUUGAAAUGCCAUGACGUCAUAAAGAGAUGCAACUGGCCUGUCAAACAUUACAUUAAUUGGGUGGGAAGCGAAUGUUGCGAGCAGUUGUUUCAACCAAUUUUUACAGAUUAUGGCCUCUGCUACGCCUUCAACAGUUUAGCUUUGAAUGGGAUGACAAAUGAUACCUUGGAAUGGCACAAGACUUUCAAUAAUCACGCAGCAGCAAAAAAGAUAGAGUGGAAUCUUGAUGGAGGGUAUCCUCUGGUAGUUCCUCCAGAUCCAAACAUGCAACCAUCCAGGGUGAUGGUAGCAGGAGAAGCGAACGGUCUGGGAGUGGAACUGUUUUUUAAUAAUAGCGAACACCAAUAUGCCUGUGAUGGAAAUAGUUUAGGUUUUACUGUAUUAAUCAGGUCACCAACAGACCACGCAUACACGACUACAGUUCUUCGCCUCCCUAUGAAUAAGAUGACCACAAUCGAAGUGUCUCCAAUUACAUACAAAACGGACACAGCCCUGAGGGCCUUAGAUCCAGAACUGCGACAAUGCUUCUUUCAAAACGAGAGGAAACUCGAUUACUAUCACUUCUAUACGGCAAAUAAUUGUAAAAUCGAUACAUAUAUACGAGAAACUAAGAUACGAUGUAACUGCUCGCUUUAUUACUGGCCAAGAAAAAACUUUCAAGAGCGCAUUUGUUCGACGCCAUUAGAUUACGACUGCGUAUAUAAAGUUAAAGGUAAAGAACAGCAAAUAUUUGCAUACUAUGAUGACUGUGAAGAAGGCAAAGUGGCCAGGGGUAGCGUUACAUCAUGUCACCCAUCCUGUAAUGAGGUCAUGUACGACUGUCAGGUGUUCUACUCCGACCUAGUCAAGGAACCUGGUGAUCCAUCUCCAUCAUGGGGAAAACCGAAAAGGCAUGAGGUGACUCAGAUCAAUGUGCACUUCUAUGAGGACAUGUUCCUUGGACAACAUCGUCACACACAGUACGAUGACUACUAUUUUAUUGGUGCAAUUGGAGGUCUUCUGAGCUUAUUUCUUGGAUUCAGCAUCAUCAGUGUAGCAGAACUUAUAUACUUCGUACUGUUACGACCGUUUUACAUGAUCCUGAAGAGAUAUGAUUAA